AUGGUCCGGCACUCCGAAACCGACUCUUGUUGCAGCAACCAUGCAACUGCCACCGCUACUGCUACCUGGCAUUUCCCCCCAUCCCCAUCUCCCCCCCAGGACAACCUGCUCCCCAUCAGUUGCGGUGGCAAGGACUGGCAGGGGGGCUUGGCCAUCACCUUGGUGGAUGCGCUGGAUGCGCUGGUGGUCCUCAACCGCCGCCAUGACGUGGCCGAGUCCGUGGACCUGAUUCGGAAGCACCUCAACUUCGAUAAAGAUACCAAGGUGCACGUCUUCGAGACCGUCAUUCGUGUGUUGGGCGGCCUCUUGAGCGGUCACAUCAGGCGGCGGCGCAGCGGCGGUACGGCAGCCGGCAGGGCUCCAGCUUACGACGGCAUUUUCUUACGCAAAGCCAUCCAGUUGGCGGACCGGCUGCUGCCGGCCUUUGACACGCCCUCGGGGCUGCCGGCGCUGUUCGUACACCUGAAGAAGGGCCCGGUCCACGACACACACAACAGCACCUGCACCGCCUGUGCGGGUACCCUGCUGCUGGAGUUCGGCAUGCUGACGGCGCUGACAGGCAACCCGGUAUACCUGGAGCGUGCUGAGUACGCCGCGCGGCUGUUGUACGACAGACGCAGCCGGCUGGGCCUUGUGGGCGCCUCGCUCAACGUGUUGAGCAGCGAGUGGCACAGCAAGGAGAGCACCAUA